UCAUGGCGGACGUGCUAAGUGUCGGCGUGAAUCUGGAGGCCUUUGCCCAGGCCAUUAGCGCAAUCCAGGCGCUGCGCUCCAGCGUGAGCAGGGUGUUCGACUGCCUAAAGGAUGGCAUGCGAAACAAGGAGACCCUGGAGGGCCGGGAGAAGGCCUUUAUUGCGCACUUCCAGGACAACUUACAUUCGGUCAACCGGGACCUCAACGAGCUGGAACGGCUGAGCAAUCUGGUCGGCAAGCCAUCUGAGAACCAUCCUCUUCAUAACAGUGGUCUCUUAAGCCUGGAUCCUGUGCAGGACAAAACUCCACUGUAUAGUCAACUCCUUCAGGCGUAUAAAUGGUCAAACAAGUUGCAGUACCAUGCAGGGCUGGCAUCGGGCCUUUUGAAUCAGCAGUCCCUGAAACGUUCUGCAAACCAGAUGGGCGUAUCUGCUAAGCGUAGACCAAAGGCUCAACCUACGACGCUUGUCUUACCGCCUCAGUAUGUUGAUGAUGUGAUCAGCCGCAUAGACAGGAUGUUUCCUGAAAUGUCAAUCCACUUAUCCAGACCCAAUGGAACAUCUGCAAUGCUUCUGGUGACUUUGGGAAAGGUGUUGAAAGUGAUUGUCGUCAUGCGGAGCCUAUUCAUUGAUCGAACAAUAGUAAAGGGAUAUAAUGAAAAUGUCUACACAGAAGAUGGCAAGCUUGAUAUAUGGUCAAAAUCCAACUAUCAAGUGUUCCAAAAGGUGACAGACCACGCCACUACGGCCCUGCUCCACUAUCAGCUGCCCCAGAUGCCAGAUGUUGUGGUCAGAUCCUUCAUGACCUGGUUGAGAAGUUACAUAAAGCUGUUCCAGGCCCCAUGCCAGCGCUGCGGGAAGUUUCUGCAGGACGGCCUGCCCCCGACGUGGAGGGAUUUCCGAACGCUUGAAGCCUUCCAUGACACCUGCCGGCAGUGAGCCGGCCGGCCCACGAACCCCUCCCUGCUCCAACGCCAGCGCAGCCAUUCCUUCCUUCCUCUUGUAAGACAGCAGGGCUGAGCCUCGAGCUGCAGAUCCCUCCUCUGCGGUUGAUGAGAGACUAAGCACACCUGUUAGCAGUGUACAGACAGCCCGGGAACCUCUGCUGUGCAGCAUGUCCCUCAGCGAGUCGGCCCUGGGCCCGUGGUGUCAGUCACUUCGUGACUUGUUGUCUGAUGACAAGCACUCUGUUCAUGUGUGGUGGCAUGCUCGGUAACUUAUUUUUGUAAACAAUAAAUCUUUCAUACAGCA